CAGCAUUGGUCAUGAGAUGGUGAUAAAACCACUACCGCACGAACUGAGCCCAAAUCCAGAUGCCGCUCAUCACAUUGUCUACAAACGUGAGGCCCAGCCGUUAGAACAUUUGAGCGAUUUCGCUUUUAUGGAACCCGAUGAUUUGGCUACCAACGAGAAACUUGAACGAUUACAACAACAUCGUCAACGUCGCGCAGCGCCAGCCGAAGAUGACGACGAAGCAGCGCUAGAGGAAGUGGAUGGUGAAUUAGAGUCRGCGGAAGCCAGAUUUACACGUAACAAACGUCAAUUGCCCUAUAUCAUCUAUCCUGAGGUGUUGGUCAUCAUCGAUUAUGAUGGUUAUCGGUUGCAUGGUGGCGACAAUUUGCAAGUUAAGCGUUACUUUGUCUCGUUCUGGAACGGCGUUGAUUUGCGCUAUCGUUUGCUGAAAGGUCCAAGGAUACGCAUUAGCAUUGCUGGCAUCAUUAUUUCGAGGGGAAGAGAUGCAACACCAUACCUGGAAAGGAAUCGUGUCGGACGAGAUGCCAUCGAUUCAGCGGCUGCCUUAACCGAUAUGGGUAAAUAUUUAUUCCGUGAGCGCCGUUUGCCCGUCUACGAUAUUGCUGUGGCGAUAACCAAGUAUGAUAUGUGCCGAAGACGUAAAGGCGGUCGUUGCACCAAAGGCACUGCGGGUUUUGCAUAUGUUGGCGGUGCCUGCGUUGUGAACAAGCGUUUGGAAAAAGUCAACAGUGUUGCCAUCAUUGAGGAUACCGGCGGUUUCAGCGGUAUCAUUGUGGCUGCCCAUGAAGUUGGACACUUGCUCGGCGCCGUGCACGACGGCUCACCACCACCCAGCUACCUUGGYGGUCCGGGGGCGCAGCGCUGCCGCUGGGAGGACGGCUACAUAAUGUCCGAUUUGCGACACACCGAGCGCGGUUUCCGGUGGUCACCAUGCACCAUACAGAGUUUCCAUCACUUUUUGAACGGCGACACCGCCACCUGYUUGCACAAUGCACCGCAUGAGGACAGCGCGCUGGGACGCGCAUUGCCCGGCACAUUGCUCUCGUUGGACGCGCAGUGUCGUCGCGAUCGCGGCACGUACGCUUGCUUCAAGGAUGAGCGCGUGUGCGCGCAACUAUUCUGUUUUGAUGCGCAGACGGGCUACUGUGUGGCAUAUCGGCCGGCUGCGGAGGGUUCCACAUGUGGCAGCGGRCUGACAUGCCUGGACGGUCGGUGUACGCCAGUUACUUCAAAUGUCAUACCAGCUUACCGUUCUUAUAACGACAACAACAGUGGCACCGAAAAUACUGAUAGUAGUAGCGAAGAAGAAGAUGAGGGGGAGAAUAUAAGUAGCGAAGAAGAGCAGGAUCUACCGAAAGUCUUAGCUAAGAGUACACCAACAACUCAGCAACGUUUCGGUAAUACGGUGGAGAAGACCUCACGUGAAGUCGACGACACUUCCGAUCCCAAACGUAUUACAACUAAAACGAUAACCACCAGCAAUACACAUACACCGACGCAAACGGACUCACGCACCACAAUCACCUUGGAGACACACUCACGACACCAACACAACAACAAUCAGCAACGGCAAGUGCAACAGGGUACUUUAGAAUUUUUAGCCAGGUUUUUAGCACAGAAUCCACAAUGGCAACAGCUAUUGGGACAAGCGGCGCAGGUGAACGCGCUGACCGGCGCCGCCACAAAUGCCGCCGAUGUGGCAACCAUAGAUACAGCCSCAAAGGCGGAAGUGGCAGACAAAGUGGCAUUCACUCAUAUGCCGCAGGGCGCAGUCGUUGUACAAACGAGCGUGAGCAGCAGUACGAGYAGUAGUAGUGGUGUUAGUAGCGCAAAUAGUAGUAGUUCAGGUAGUAAUAGUAGUAGUAAUGGUAGCAGUGACAAUAGCGUGAAACAGCAGGAAAAAUAUGAGCACAAUAUUGCAAGGGUUAAUGUUGAGCUUUUGAAUUUAGAGAAGAAUCAAGCGAMGCUUGACAAGCAAACAGUUGUUGGGGAUACUGGCGCGUUGCAAGUUGCUGAGAAUAUUGACCUUAACAAAAGCGAAAAACAGCSUAUAGUGAGCGUAGUGWACGAAAAUAAUGCCAAAGCAAAAACKAUGCUAACACAAAGCAAAUCAGAACCCGAAAUCCAACCACACCAACACACAACCARAUUGGCAAAAUUAACACAAAUUCAACAGCGCAAACCAACCACCACAACCACAACAACAACACCACCAACCGCACAACCUAACCUCUUCCAAAUUUACACGCAUGAAUUACGCAAACAGUUACAAUAUUAUUUAGGUUUCCUGCGAGCGCACACUGGCGACAACGUCAGCGCUGGCGAUAGUAGUAGUAGUAUUUUGAGUAAUAGGAAACGUACAGCAACAGUAAAGCAAACCGUAACAACCAACACAACUAAUUCAAAUUAUAGCAAUACGGUGAGUGCGGCCGCCAAAUUACAGCAACAGUCGGCGUUGCUGGACAACAGCAAUCGCAACAAUGCGGACGAUAUCGAUGACAACGAGGACAAUGUGAAUGACAGCAAUGUGGACGCGGAUGAUGACGCGAGCAAUGAGGCAAUCGAUGACAAGCAACAGAAACGUAAGUUUAAUACAGCAACAGCAAUAAGCGUGAGUGCACAACAACAACAAAACACACAACCAGCGCCGCCACCGUCAGCACCGACGCGCAGCAGUAGCAAUGGCGGCAGYAAUACUAACAGUAACGACAAUAAUAACAAUAACAAUAACAAUAAAGCGCUACAACGGCCGGCGACAUUUCUUGACGCCUAUUUGAAGAAAUUGCAAGCGCUUAAUGCGCCAACAGAUACAACGGCCACACUGACGGCCACCACCACGAGCACCACAAUGUCGACAUCGAGUGUGGUGGGCAGUGGGGCCGUCGGCAAAGCAGUGCCAGCUGUCGGUACGCAUGAGAACGAACCGGUGAAGCGUGCGCCGGCGGAAACAUUCGGCAGUCACUUCCUCAAACGUACGCAAAAUUUAUCGAAUAGUAAAAGUAGUAGUGUGGGAGGUAAUAGUGGUGUUGAUGGUAGUGUUGGUAAUAGUAGCGAUAGCAACAUUUACAUUAAUCAUGGUAACAACAACAGCAACAACAACAACAAUUCAAAUAGAAAUCACAAAAAAAUAACACGCAUUUCGAGUCACAAUGCCGCUGCAAAUAGUCGUACGUCAUAUGAUGAUGCACACGAGCAAAUGCACGAACAUGUUGUGAGCGAUGUGGCAAAACACAUCGCGACAACAACACAACAACCAGCAUAUGUUACAAAUUAUUUAGGUGAUAAUACAAAUAAUUUGCCAAGUUUGCUGGAACAGCAACAGCAAGCACAACAGUCAUCCUCAACAAAAACAAUAACAACAUCCGCACCAGAACAACAAACAUCACAACAAAAAGCACAUAAAAUCAGAACACAAAAACUAAUACGUCGUCAAUUGUUACGUACCCAAAUUAAAUGAAAACAAUACGUAAAGUUUGUGCGUAAGUGACGCCAGCGUUUACAUUUGUUCUGUUAUAGCACCAUAUUUAGUUUGUAGUUCUAUUUAUAUAUUUAGCAUUUAAAGCGCCAAGAGGAUUACACUACUUUCUCAAUUCGUGCGCGCAAUACCAUUGCAUUCAACAAUCACGCACACACCCUACUGUACGCCACUACACACAGCGUUAAAAAAAAAACGCAGAGUUACCAACUUGUAAUUCUGACAAGCAGCUGUUUUUUUUUUUUCAAAUUGUUUGUCAGUUAGCAGAAAAAAAUAAUAAUAGAACGCAAAAUGCCACGCCAAAAGUACCAGUUAUUCUGCUUGCUUAGCGCUAUAGCCGCUCAAGMGAUUUUUACAUAAUCAACUACGCUCACAUAAAACGCAAACACAGCGCACACGCUUCACUCCCUCAGAAGCAUUACAAAUAACUACACGGUUACUAUCGACUUUCGUUGCCAAUCUACAAAAAUGCGUGGUUAACUGGAAGGCGUUUCCUUUUUGAAGAGAAUAAUUCCGUUGCUGACUGAGUGAAGGCGCCGCCAUACGUUUUUCGUCUAACUAACGUGUUUUUUUUAUUUGAUCUACCAUAAAUAUGAUCGGAAGUAUAUAAUGCAAAAGCAAGUGUGGCAGCAAUUGACAGUGACAGCAGCGGUAACAUGAACGCGCAUCUCAACACAACCACAACAAUUAACAGCCGUAUAUUAUGUCGAUAUAAACACAUAUUUAGUAAAAGAUUUACGUACUAGUAUAUUUAAAUUAGGCAGCUUGCAAAGGACAUAUCAUUGCCAUUUUCAAUUUUUUCAAACAAAUAUUAACCUACACAUUUACAUUUCAAAACAAAUAGUUAAAAUUAAUGCAUGAAUUUAGUUAAAGCAGUUAAAGCUGAAUAUUAAUGAAAUAAAAUGCAUGAAAUCAUAUAGCGCCACGCAUACAUAAAUACAUACCCAAUUACAUAAAUACAUAAACGUUUUCAUUUAGACCAGCACAAACCCCUAUGCUACCGGAAAUUUGCACUUAAGUAUCCGUAUGUAGUUAUGUACAACAUAACAUACACGUAUGCAUCGUAAAAAUGCAAAAAGCAUCGAUCACACAUAACCACACUU